CAGGCGCCAGUGCGCGGCCUCCCCUCCCUCUCCCACACACCAUGUAAGAGGCGAACCGUGGGAAAGAGACAGCCAGAGGAGGCAGCAGCCCGGGUGACAGCAGCAGCGCCGCCACUUCUCCUGACCGCAGCCAUGAAGAGGACACACGACUACAGCUCCUCGGACAGCGAGCUGGACGAGAACAUCGAGGUGGAGAAGGAGAGCGCGGACGAGAAUGGGAAUCUGAGUUCGCCUCCUGGUUCUAUGUCUCCGUCCACAACUUCCCAGAUCUUAGCAAGGAAGAGGCGCAGAGGGAUCAUUGAGAAGCGCCGGCGGGACAGGAUUAAUAACAGCUUGUCUGAGCUGCGGAGACUGGUUCCCAGCGCGUUUGAGAAACAGGGUUCGGCCAAAUUGGAAAAAGCUGAGAUUCUUCAGAUGACGGUGGAUCAUCUUAAGAUGCUGCACACUGCAGGGGGCAAAGGCUACUUUGAUGCCCAUGCCCUUGCAAUGGACUACCGCAGCCUGGGUUUCAGAGAAUGUCUCGCUGAGGUUGCCCGCUAUCUGAGUAUCAUUGAAGGACUGGACAAUGCUGACCCUCUCCGAGUACGACUGGUUUCUCAUCUCAACAACUAUGCCUCCCAGAGAGAAGCUGCCAACAGUGCCCACACCAGCAUCGGACACAUACCAUGGGGAGGCGCCUUUGGGCACCAUCCUCAUCUCUCCCACCCCUUACUCCUGGCACAGACUCCGCACACAAACGCAAGCAGCACAACGUCUUUGACAGAAGCCCACCACCAGAGCAGACUUCCAGGGUCACCGCACGCCGACUCCACCACUCUACGGGUUCCCUCUACGUCAGUUCUUCCAGUGGUGGCUCCUUCAAAACUCUCUCCUCCUCUGCUCUCCUCCAUGGCGUCCCUCUCGGCAUUCCCGUUUUCUUUCGGAUCCUUCCACUUAUUGUCUCCAAAUGCACUGAGCCCAACGGCGCCGGUCCCUACGGGAAAACCCUACAGACCCUGGGGCACGGAGAUUGGAGCCUUUUAGGACUUUUCCGCGAACUGAAUAGUUUUUAUGCAAGGGGUGAUCUGGGGGGGGGGGGGGGGAUCUAAGGUCCAGCUGUGCUGGGCAUCUCACAGUGUAUUUGCCAGUCUGUCUGAUACCAUGGUACCACUGCAAAAACAAUUUCACUUGUAAUGACUUUGUUUUUUUUUUUAGCAUUUCGUGAACACUGUACGACCCGCGACUCUUAUCAGGUCCCGGCUGAGGAGUUAAUAUAACUUGCUUUGUAAUAUUUUCAGUGCGUGCCCCAACAUGGGGGGGGGGGGGCAUUGUAACCGAUAGUUUAGAGGUUUUGCUCAAUCUUCCUAUUAAAAUGUUUUAGUCUUAAUUUGUGGAAAUUUUCGUUCAGCAAUAACAAUGUACUUUUUUUUUAUUUUAAAGUUUUGCUAAUCUUUGAGUUGAGAUGUUCUAUGAGAGAGGUCCUCCGUAUGUAAGUAGUAUUCUUGAAUUUUAUAUUGCCACGCGUUGACAAAUCACAAGGACCAGCUUUACCAAGUGCAGGCCGGGGAGUGCCCAUCCAAGGAGUCUGGAAUAUCCAACCCAUCCCCCAUCUUCUAAUCUGUCUCCAGUCCGCUGCACUAAAACCUUAUUUAACAGGUAGACUAAUUUAAGAGGAGCGCCCGUUGUUCCCCCUGUAUAUAUGUCACUUCUGUGCAUGGAUGCAUUUUUCCUUUUUUAAUAUAUAUAUUUUUUUGCUGUACUGGGUUUAAUCACUGUUGUACUGGUCUACUGUGACUAAAUAAAAGAGUCCAAGCGUGA